AUGGAAGUGUUCGUUAACGAAAAGAUAGGAACCGACGACGCAGGCGCGGCCGGCACCAAGGAGAAGCCAUUCAAAACCCCGGCCUAUGCUCUGUUCAAGGUGCCUGAAGCCAAACUGAUUGUCGCCAAAGAGACUGAACAAGGGGAAGAAUACGUCGAUAUCUCACCUUCUGCUUUGAAGAAGGCUAAAAAGGGAGCUGAGUCUCUCAAGAAAAAAGAAGAGAAGGCCCGCAAACAAGCUGCAGAGGCUGCUGCCAAGGAUGCGGAAGAAAACGCCAAGAUGUUGGAGGCCAUGAAGAUUACUAUUGUUGAAGACAAAUCUCUUCCGCCAGCCAAGAAAAUCAAAAUCAUGUCCAUUGGGAAACACAUCGAAGAAAGAGUCAAGGUCCAAGGAUGGGUCCACCGUUUGCGUCUGCAAAAGGGACUUGCCUUUAUUGUUCUGAGAGACGGUACCGGAUAUGUUCAGUGUGUCUUGAGUGGAGACCUCGCCAACGCAUACCAGACCCUGUCUCUCACUAUUGAGUCCACUUUGUCCAUCUACGGUACGAUCAGAAAGCUUCCUGAGGGCAAGUCUGCUCCCGGCGGUGUGGAACUGGCCGUGGACUACUACGAAGUGGUUGGCUUGGCCCCAUCUGGCAAGGAAUCGUUUACCAACAAGAUCCAAGAAGGAACCGAUCCGUCGAUCUUGAUGGACCAGAGACAUCUCACGCUUAGAGGAGAGACCUUGUCUGCUGUGAUGAAGGUUCGUGCUGCUCUUCUUGCCGCCAUCAGAAGAGUUUACAUCGAAGAAUCGGUCACUGAGGUGACUCCUCCUUGCAUGGUGCAAACCCAGGUUGAAGGUGGAUCAACCUUGUUCAAGAUGGACUACUACGGCGAGGAGGCUUUCUUGACGCAAUCUUCUCAGCUGUAUCUGGAGACCUGUCUGCCUGCUUUGGGAGACGUCUACUGUAUCCAGGAGUCUUUCCGUGCUGAGAAGUCGCACACUAGAAGACACUUGAGUGAGUACACACACAUUGAGGCCGAGCUGGCCUUCGUGACGUUUGACGAUUUGCUGAGUCACAUCGAAAGAGUCAUCACCAAGACCGUCCAAUACGUGCUGGAAGACCCUACUGCCGGUCCUCUGGUGAAACAGUUGAACCCAGGAUUUGUGGCUCCGCAAUUGCCUUUCAAGCGUAUGCAGUACAUUGAGGCCCUGGACUGGCUGAACGAGAACGGCAUUCCAAACGAGGACGGCGAGAAGUUCAAGUUCGGAGACGACAUUGCUGAAGCUGCCGAGCGGAAGAUGACCGACACCAUCGGUGUCCCUAUCUUGCUUACCAGAUUCCCUGUCGAGAUCAAGUCCUUCUACAUGAAGAAAUGCCCCGACGAUCCAAGAGUCACCGAGUCUGUCGAUGUGCUGAUGCCUACUGUUGGUGAGAUCACCGGUGGCUCAAUGAGAAUUGAAGAUACCCAAGAGCUGCUGGAGGGAUUCAAACGGGAGGGUAUCGACGCCAAGAGCUACUACUGGUUCGUGGACCAAAGAAUCUACGGUACCUGUCCUCACGGAGGCUACGGUUUGGGUACCGAAAGAAUCCUUGCUUGGUUGUGCAACCGUUUCACUGUGAGAGACUGCUCGCUGUACCCACGGUUCACGGGCAGAUGUAAACCUUGA